AUGGGGACGAAGUUAACCCUUCCGAGGGCGCCUCUAACGCCUUUUCAUCAGGAGAAGCUCGUCCACGAGUUCAACACGUUUUUCGACGUGGACGGGAACGGCCGCCUGGACUGGGCCGACUGGGAGAAAGCACUGGAACGCCUGACCGUCCUCGGCGGAUGGCACAAGGACGACGAGAAGAUCCUGGACGCCAGGAGCCUCUUGAAGCACAUGUGGGGGCUCCUGCUGCAAGAGACCGAUCGCAAUCACGAUGAUUCCGUCUCCAAGUCCGAAUGGCUGCGGAUGUGGAGCCGCCUGGUGUAUCGAUUGAAGGAGGAGGAGCAAGCGAAGGAAUGCCGGAAGCUCGUCGAGAGGUGGAGGUUCUGGGAGAGGCGAACCGAGGAUCCGACAUCCCUGGAAUCCCGUCUCCCCACCUGGGUCUCCCAGUACCUCGACUACAAAUUCAACCUCUUCGAUCGAUCUGGGAAUGGAUACAUCGACAUGGACGAAUACAUUUACGUUCUUCAUGACUUCGGGGUUCCCGGGAGACAGGCACGGCAAGCCUGGAUCAUUUCCACGCAGGGAAGAGCCUCCCGUUGGGCCGGGACGAGGCGCAAGGAAAAAGGGGAGAAGGAGGAACACGGCGAAGGCGAGGAGCCUUCCUCCGUCCGCGGCGAAACGGCACCGAUUUGA